AGAGAUGCUUCUUGGCGCUGUUCCUGUUUUGCUCCCAUGCUGGGAAGUAAUGGGGUGAGGAGGUGUGUGCAGAGAGAACGGCACAAGUAUCAUCCAGAAAGGAAUUCAGCACCUUCACAAUCUAGGAGGUGUGUUGCAGAAUCCAAUUGUCAGAGCUUCGCACCUGUGUGACCUCCUGAGCCGUCAAGAGACUGAGAGGCUUAUGAGGAGGUUCUGUCAGACGAAACAGUGCCUAGCAAAGACACCCAGGAGGAGGGAGAAGGAGAAAGGGGAAAGGCACCAGAGCUGAAACAUACUGUGCCCAGCCAUGAGAUCUAUCCGCUCUUUUGCAAAUGAUGACCGGCAUGUGAUGAUGAAACACUCAACCAUUUAUCCAUCUCCAGAGGAACUUGAAGCAGUACAGAACAUGGUUUCCACAGUUGAGUGUGCCCUUAAACAGGUCUCUGAUUGGAUGGAUGAAAUGAACAAGUCCUCCAGGGCAGAGGGCAGCACAGAUGGUAAAGAGGAAGUGGCAGACAGCAGCGGCAAGGAGCAAGGUAGCCGGGUCUUGUGUGGGGUGAUGCGGAUUGGCUUGGUGGCUAAAGGGCUGCUGAUAAAAGAUGACAUGGAUUUAGAAUUGGUUCUUAUGUGCCAAGAGAAGCCCACGGAGACCUUAUUAUCUCUUGUUAAAGACAAUCUCCCCAUCCAAAUCCAGAAACUCACAGAGGAAAAAUAUCAAGUUGAGCAUCAUGUGGAUGAGGCGGCCAUCAUCAUCCGUAGCACAAAGGAGCUUCCACUAACACUCAAGGUGACCCUAACCUCUCCCCUAAUCCGAGAUGAAGCCGAGAAGAAGAACGGAGUAGACAGUGUUGCGAUGAAAGAUCCUCCGGACUUACUGGACAGGCAGAAAUGCCUUGAUGCUUUGGCAUCUCUGCGGCACGCCAAAUGGUUCCAGGCCAGGGCAAAUGGACUAAAGUCCUGUGUAAUUGUGCUGCGUAUUCUGCGAGAUUUGUGCAACAGAGUCCCCACUUGGGCACCACUUAAAGGAUGGCCCCUGGAGCUUAUAUGCGAGAAAGCGAUCGGCACAUGCAAUAGACCUUUGGGUGCCGGCGAAGCUCUGAGGCGAGUGAUGGAGUGUUUGGCUUCGGGAAUCCUGUUACCUGGUGGGCCUGGCGUACAUGACCCCUGUGAGCGGGAGCCGACAGAUGCCUUGUCCAACUUGACUGUUCAACAACGAGAAGCCAUUACCCAUAGUGCCCAGCAUGCAUUGAGACUGUCAGCAUUUGGUCAGAUCUAUAAGGUGCUGGAGAUGGACCCUCUCCCAUCUAAUAAGUCGUUCCAGAAAUAUUCCUGGUCAGGAACCGACAAAGAAGGUGCAGGCUCCUCUGCUUUGAAGAGGCCUUUUGAAGAUGGGUUGGGGGACGAGAAAGAUCCCAAUAAGAAGAUGAAGCGUAACUUGAGGAAAAUCCUUGACAGCAAAGCAAUAGAUCUCAUGAAUGCUUUGAUGCGCCUGAAUCAAAUACGGCCUGGCUUGCAGUACAAGCUGCUCUCCCAGUCAGGCCCGGUCCAUGCCCCAGUCUUCACGAUGUCUGUGGACGUGGAUGGUACGACAUACGAAGCUUCAGGGCCUUCCAAGAAAACUGCCAAGCUUCAUGUAGCAGUGAAGGUUUUGCAAGCGAUGGGCUACCCCACUGGUUUUGAUGUCGACAUGGAAUGUAUAAGUUCUGAUGAGAAGUCGGAUACAGAAGGCAAAAAUGAGACAGCAUCUUCAAACUCAAGCAAUAAUACUGGAAAUUCUACAAUUGACACCUCUGCUACUUUGGAGGUAAGAACUCAGGGUCCUAUCCUCACGGCGAGUGGCAAGAACCCGGUGAUGGAGCUGAAUGAGAAACGACGAGGCCUCAAGUAUGAGCUCAUUUCUGAGACGGGUGGCAGCCAUGACAAGCGUUUUGUGAUGGAGGUAGAAGUAGAUGGGCAGAAGUUCCGAGGCGCCGGUCCUAACAAGAAGGUAGCCAAGGCCAGUGCUGCGUUGGCCGCUCUUGAGAAACUCUUCUCUGGCCCCAAUGCAGCUGCUAACAAGAAGAAGAAGAUUCUUCCCCAGACUAAAGGAAUCGUCAACACAGCCAUGUCAGCAGCAGUCCAGGUGGCUCGAGGCAGAGGGAGGGGUGCUCUCACGCGAGGCGCUUUUGUUGGGGCGGCAGCUGCUACUAGUUACCUGGCACCAGGUUAUGGGGCACCCUACGGGUACAGUGCUGCUGCUGCUGCACCAGCUUAUGGUUUGCCCAAGAGAAUGCUUCUGCUGCCAGUAAUGAAGCUUCCCACCUACCCCAUGCCCCAUUAUUCUUUCUUUUAACAAAUGGGAGAAACCACUUCCCUACCCUGACUGAACACCAUAGUAUAGUUCAGAGACAUGCAGCUUAUAAAGCCUGGUUUUCUUUGAACAGAUACUCGAGCAAAAACCAUUUGUAAAGAAACAUCUUUUCCUACUUUUUUUUAAAAUAAAAUGCAAAUUUAGUUCUCUCUAAAACUUGAAGAAAAACAAAACAACAGUCUGUGAAAAAAAGGUUACCUCAUUAUUUUAUUUUUCAAAAUAACUUAUACCAGCCUUCUGUUAUAGGGAAGAAACUUAGACGCUUAAAAUCUUUUUAUGUUUUAAAUGAAGUAUUCGAAUUAUGUAAAAUUUUAAAACUUGUGAAGGAUGUAUAGAGUAUAAUACGCUGAUCGUAAAAUAAAACCUGCUUUUUGUUGUAAUGGAGUAUUUGCCUGUUUCAUAAUGCAGUGCCACUGACUGGAGUUUGUGUCGUUAGACUUUUAAUAUGGGAUUAGCACCAAGUAUAAAACUAAAAAACCCACACUGUUUUUGUUCUAGCAUAUUGUUCUAAAAGUAUAACUUAGCGUUAGUUCCAUUUGAGGGCUUUUGUGGGGCCCUCCAUCUGUCAUGUCGCCACAAGUUGUGGGAGGAUCUACCACUGAGGACUGGGGGGUGGUUUUACAUGUGAGAAAUGCCUUACACACCUAGAACCAGAGCAUGCCCAUGCCUCUCUCAUAAGUGGACCGAGUUUGUAGCCCCUUCUUUCGUUAGUAGUUUUGCCUUGGAGAGAUGAGAGUCAUCCCCUGAACUGAAACCUUCCUGUAAGGAUGAGGAGAUUCCAAUAAUUCUUGAAGAAUCUGAGAAGGAGCCUUGGAAAAAAACUUUUCCUUGAGGAAGGAUUUCAUUUUGCAAGGCAGCUGCUGACACAAUAAAGAAAGAGAUUUUUGUAAUUUAGUACAGUAUUUUAUGAAAAUCACUAUCAAAUUAAGAUGUUCCGAUUUAAAAAAAAAAAAAAAGAUUCCACUCGGAAGUGUCUUUAAAUCUCUCCCACUUAAAAAACCCCCUUCAAAUAAUCAAAUGCACACAUGUUCUUGUGGCCUCCCUCACUCAGCCUUGGAUUUUUCAGAGCUAAAACAAAAGGUGCUCCUUUUUUACCCCCCCCACCCACCCUUGACCAACUCUUAAGAAUCUAAAGCAGCAACACGGUCCCCAUGAAUACUUGCUACUUUAAUUGUCCCUGGUCUUGUUCAGUGCUGCUGUGAAAAAGUCAAGACACUUCAGCCAUAGGCCAGUAUCUGUCUUCUUUUGAGUUGUGUAGGUCUUGUUGUAUGAGAUUUGCCCAAUGUGGGUAUCAUCUCAGUUGAGAAAGAAAUGCUGUUCUUGGGCAGGGAGGAGGGGGAGGGAGGCUGUUUUUGAAGCUGGUGAAGAUGAGCGAUCAUGGAUUGUUAUUAAGGUAUCACCCCACAAACAGACAAGCGUUGCUCUUUCUUUCUCUUCAAAGGCCAUACAUUUGUGGUUCAUUUACAUUUUUGUGCUAGGCCGAGGAUGCCUUUAUAUACUCUGUUCUCCGCUACGUGACAAGAAAAGGGGUACCGUUGGCCUUGAAAAUGGGGAGGGGGAAAGGCAGAAAAGCAAGGGACAGUCAUUCUUCUUGUAGGAUGAACGAUCAUUGAGCUGGUUUUUUGAGUCAGAGUAUAUAAACAUGCAGCUUUCCUUGGAAUUAACCAGACCUGUGGUUUGAGGUUGUGGGGGGAGGGGGGAGAGAAAACAAGCACCCCAAUAUUUGUGCUUUUUGGAAUGUGCAUUUUUUCAAUCUUUCAUAACUGUUUUCACUUUGUGCCUUAGCUCUUGCUUGCGGUGCAGUGGUGGUGAUGCUUUAAUAAAACACUGGAAGCAUCAAGGAUGCCGUUUGCCCUCCUAUACCUUAGUGCAAAAGAAAUUAAAAGGUGGGGACAGGAUAUAGGACUGGGACACCUUCAAAUUGAGAACAGCAUUUACCAGAUUGUUGACUGUUGUGCUGGCCUAUGGAUGAAAAAAGCCAUCAUGGAGCUGGAAAAGAAUGGCUGAUAAGAUGAUACAGUAAUAGUUAUUCUUUCUGAGUAAUUGGCAGUUUUGUAAAUUGAGGGGUUUUCUUAAAAAUGACACUAAUUUCUUCAGCAGUUUUGAAGCCAUUUGCAAUACCUUAUGUGACAUUCUAGAGGCUUCCCUCCUCAGAGAGAGCCUCGUUCUGGCCUGCCAGUGGUCGCAGCUGGCACUCUGCUCUUUUCCAACAUGAUGGCCGUCAUUUUCAAUAAUCAAUAUGAAGUCAUUUUUUUCCUCUCCAUUUAUUUUUGUUAUGUUGGGAGUUACUAACCCCAUGUUGUAAACCCACCCUGUUGCUGCACAUUUUAUAUUUCUCUGCUUUACAGAAAACCCUUUAAUAAGCUGUUGGUUCCUUGUUGGUUCCUUGUUUUAUAUGCAUAAAUAUAAAAAUAGACAGGGGGUAACCGGUUUUUGGAGGCUGCUAUUAAAGGAUGAUUCAAUACUACUAUCAUUUUUUUUUAAAAAAAAGGGAUCCAAAAGUGCCCCAUUUUGCAAUGAAAACCCCACAUACAGCUUGAAAGAGCAGAGAAAUUUAAGCGGCGCUUUAACCAUCGUCCCCUUUCGAAAAUUAACCUGCGCUUUUUCUUGCUUCUCUGCUCUUCUCUCU